CUGUUUUGCAGCUACACCAUAGGUGAUCCGGAUGAAAGUCUACGUAUUACUUGUAUAUGUCUCGAUAAAAAUCGCUCAAGACUUAUUGUUGCAUAUAAUAAUCAAGUUAUCCGCGAAUAUGCCAUUUCUGAUGAAACACCUACCCUUGCUCGUACCUGGAAAACUAUGCAUACCGCUCCUAUACUAUGUAUGAAAUUCAACGAUGAAGGAUCAUUGCUAGCGACGGGUUCAGCGGACCACAACGUGAAGGUAUGGGACAUGGUCCAGCAACAUUGUACCCACACGUUGAAAGGUGUUGGCGUCGUCACAGCGCUGUCUUUUAUUCACAGUAGUCGUUUAAUGGUAGGAUAUCUGGAAGGACAAGUUUGUAUGUUCGAUUUGGUAAAAGGAGCUAUCCAGAAACUGUUGCGAGAAUGGAGAACGCACAGCAGGUAA